CUUAAAAUCAUUACUAUUUACUAUCGCUGUGGGUGUGUUCAAGUAGAAACCGUUCACUCGCAGUCGUCGAGACUCCUAACUAAUAUUAACGAUGCCAGGUCUCGAAAAAUUGCCACUAGAGGAGGCUGCAGAGGACUCCCCACAGACACGCACAUUAUUAGGUAUCUUUUAUCAAGAUGCUGUUGGCUUUAAAAGCUAUGUUAAUUCAUUAUUGGAUUCUUGCAAGACCAUUAAUAGACUUCAGACUGAUCUGAGUACAGCUACACAAAACUUUUCUAGAAAGCUGCUAGAUUUUGAAAACCAGAAAUUUCCUCUUGGUACAGAUGAUACUGUUUUAGCUUCAACUAUGAAACAGUUUGCUACUAUUAUUGAUGAGAUUAGCUCGUGGCAAGCAGUGCUGUCAACUCAAUUGUCAGAUAGUAUGGUGAUGCCGCUGUCUAAAUUCAUCAAUACAGAUAUGGCAGAAAUCGACAACAUGAACAGAAUGUUUUGUACGGCAAGCAAUGGUAAGAGAAAGAAUUGUAGUACUGUGUUACUACAAGCAGAAAGUGGACCGGACAGAGAAGAGUGGCUCGCAGCUAUUCAGAAUAUUUCUAGAGAGAAUUACGUGAAUAAUAUACCUGAGGUAAAUGCUGAGAAGAUAAAGGUUUUGUUUCUUGUCAACGAACAGGAAAUGUUUUACUGUUUUGAUCCAAAUCCACCAGUUAAGGUAGAGAUGCAGGCAGCAUUACCACCAUCAUCAUCCAGUGCUAGUAUUCCUGUAUCACAACAACUACCAGGAAGUAGACAUUCUGAUCCAGCAUUACAACCUUCAUCUAGAAAUGAAAGCUUACAACCAAGAGAGAAGGGUAAAUCAAGAUUAAGGACAAGAUCUCGUAGUGAUAGUUACGAACCUAAUCCAGCCCCUGCUACACCACCACCCAGUCCAUUGGAUGCGACAUCAUUACCAUCGAUACCGAUACAGUUUGAUAUGUUAUCACCGAGUGAAGAUCAACCAACUAUGAGAUCACCACCGCGGGAAGGACCACCAAAACGUAUCAAUCCAUUUAGUCAAUCUGCAACCGAAAUUCUUAGUGAUCAUGUUGGCAGUACAUCAUUCUCUGAAGUUUAUGUUGUGCGUUUUCUUGGUUCAAUGGAGGUGAGAUCUGAUAAAGGAGCAGCAACACUAAUAGAAGCUGCAUCCCUAAUAGAGGCAGCAACACUAAUAGAGGCAGCAACAUUAAUAGAAGCAGCAUCCCUAAUUGAUGCUGCAUCCCUAAUUGAUGCCGCAUCCCUAAUUGAUGCCGCAUCCCUAAUUGAUGCCGCAUCCCUAAUACAAGCAGCAUCCCUAAUACAAGCAGCAUCGCUAAUACAAGCAGCAUCCCUAAUACAAGCAGCAACACUAGUUGAUGCCGCAUCCCUAAUACAAGCAGCAUCCCUAAUUGAAGCAGCAUCCCUAAUAGAAGCAGCAACUCUAAUAGAAGCAGCAACACUAAUAGAAGCAGCAACACUUACAGGAGCUGCAUACAUUGUUUUUGAACAAUUGCAACCAACAAAUCUUUUGCUGGAUCCUAGUAAUCAAGGAAUAAGAUCCCAAUAUGCUUUGGAAGAUGUCUCCUUCUUUGCAGCACAUCAUGAAAACAAUAGGUUAUUUGCAUUUAUAACUCGUAAUAAAGGUUAUACAAGUACAAUGACUAGGUUUUCAUGUAGUGUAUUUGAGUGUGAUGCAUCAGGAGAAGAGAUAUGUCGUACACUAAGUGCAGCAAUGCAGGUAGCUUUUCAGACAAGACUCAAUCUCAAGACUCAAGGACAUCAUGCUGCUUCAAGUAGCAGUGAAGCAGAGUCACUGUCCCAGAUGUCAGCAGUCACAUCACCAGUGAAUGUAGAUACGGAAGCUGGUAUACCUGCCCUACCCAUGGAUCCCAAUACAUUAACUAUUGCGGCUGUAUCGUUAGAUGACAAACUAAAGUUAUCAGAGGGUGCCUCCGACAUUCAAGAUUCUGAUUGCUGA